AAUCCACUUUUUACAUAGUACCUCUUCAGGAAACAUUAGACACAUCUCCUCUACCUCCCGACUCACAGCACUUUUCAAAGAUGCCAAAGAAGAUAUGUUACCAGUGUAAUGAAGUUAUGCCUCUGCAGAUGCUUGCAGUACACAUCAAUACGUGCAAAGGAAAAUUCUCUCCUGAUGAGACUGAUGAUGAGGAAUCGGAGUUAUGCAUUGUGAAAAGCAAAUGCAAGGUUAUUUGUCCAAUAUGCACUAAGGAUUUUCCUGAAGAUGAGAUCACAGUCCAUGCGAGUCUGUGUGGGGAUAGCUUUCAAUGCAUGGUGCCUGAAGAAAAUGACCAAACUACAGGGACACCAGCUCAAACUUCAGUAUGCACAACAGACAGCGUGGAAGAUGUAUUGCGUUGCCUUGAACAACAAGUCGACACCACAACAGAAUUUAAGUUGUGUGUGGACAGAGAAGACCUUCCAGACAGAGGCAUUCUCCAGUGGCAGAGAAAAAAAGCUGCAUCUCCCACCAGUGUUCUUAGGGUGGUUUUCAUAGGAGAGGCAGGCGUGGAUACAGGAGCACUUAGGAAAGAGUUUUUGAGUGACAUGAUUUCAGGUAUUGAAAGCAGAUUCUUUGAAGGACUUGAGAACAAGGGCAAAAACCCCAAGUAUUCUCUGACCGAUCUUGAUAAUGAAAACUUCAGAACUGUUGGUGAAAUAAUUGCAGUCAGCCUCGCCCAAGGAGGCCCAUCUCCUGCCUUUUUCAAAGAAUGGUGCUACAAUUUCCUCUGCUCAGGAGAGGUUGAUUUCAGCUGUCUGUCUAAGGAGGAUGUUGCAGAUGUGGAAUCUUCCCUGCUCAUCCGCAAAGUUGAAGAUGCAGCAGACAUACAGUCUCUGAUGAUGUGGGCUGAUGAAAUUGUCAGCUGUGGAUACACAAACCAGAUAAAGAUGGAUAGUAAGGAAAGCAUGAUCCGUGCUAUUGUCUUACACUCUACAACAAGACUGAUUCCAAUGCUACAGCAGCUCCGAAAGGGCAUGGAACUGUAUGGUCUUGUGAACCUGAUGGCUGUAAAUCCUGAAGCUUGCCACAGUUUGUUUGUUCCUGGGAAAAUCCUCAAACCAGACGCUGAUUUCAUUAUGAUGAGCUGCCAACCACAUUUCAGUGAAAAAGGGACAUCUAGGGAGAGAACUGAGAGGAAGAUCAUACAUUUUUUGCAAGAUUUCUUGCAGGAGAUUGAAGUAUCAGGGCACUAG